UCUUUAUUAUAUAAAUCGCUAGUUUUUUGUUUUUUAUUUAAAAUUGUGAAUAGUCUAAUCAAGGAACUUUCGUAAUUUGAAACAGAAUAAAAUAUAAUUCUCCAUUUUGGUGUUUCAGGCAUUCUUUAAUUUUCUCAUACGUUUCGAUCGAUAAUAAAACAUUCAGACCAACAUUUCAUUUCAUUUACUUACCCUGGGAAAUUUUAUUUCACUUUUAUUUUUAUAUUGAAGUCAUUUUAAUGAGAAAGUUUUUUAUAUUACCGUUACGUUAGUUAGUGAUAGUGCAGGACUAUCUCCUACAUCUUGUUUGUAAUUAUAUUCAAGAUUCAACACCAACCAGAAAAUGUUGCAGAUUACAAUGCACUUGAUGAUUAUAGUUUAUUAAAAACAUCAAUUAUAGCCAUUUUAUUCAAAUUUCAAGUUCAUCAAAAGCCAUACUCACUAACAAGGUUAUAUUACACCAAACAAUAAAUCAGCCUGCCUGUUGUCUUGUUUGCUGUGACCAAAACAUCAUCAGUACCUUAUAAAAUAAACCAGCAAAACAUCAUCUGUAUCUUUAAUUAUUGAUAUUUCUGCCAUUUUGUUUGAAAGCUAAUUAUGAGUAAAAAAGGUGGAUCAGCCUCCCCACCUACAGGUGAAAUCGGACCUAGACUUGCAGAUUAUUCGGGAGCUCAGUACAUUGUCCUAACAAGCAAAAACAUCACAACAACAACAACAGGUGAACCAGUAACUGUAAACUCCAGUGAUGUACCUCCAGAAAUUUUCAAUCUACCAUCCAUCACUGAUGACAGCCAACCAAUCAGAGAGCUGCAACCCUCAUCGACACCCGUAACUAAAACUGAUGUCAUUAACAAACAAGACAGACGAGUCCACAUGGAAGGAACUGGGGGGCCAACGCUGAAACCAAAAAGACAAAAAGGAAAGAAAAAAUUUGAAGUGGAUAUAUCAAAGAUAUUACAAAAAUGUCGAGAAGACCCAGUGAACAAUAUAAGAUUAGAUGUGUGCAAGUUGCAGUUGACAGCAUUGCCUCCCACUAUUAAAGAUUUAACACACCUAAAAGAAUUGUACUGUUACGGCAACAAGCUGGUCUCCAUGCCUCCGGAGAUUGGUCUGCUGGUCAAUCUGGAGACGUUGGCAUUCAGUGAAAAUUCGAUCCUCUCCCUGCCUGAUAGCAUGGAGAAGUUAACAAAGUUGAGAUGGCUUGAUUUGAGGCAUAAUAAGUUGAAUGAGAUACCACAGGUUGUGUACAGUUUAACAGCCCUGACACACCUCUUCCUCAGGUUCAACAGGAUCAAGCUGGUCGACGAGAAGAUUGGCAAUCUCAAGAAAUUAUCAAACUUGAGUUUACGUGAGAACAAGAUUCACGAACUACCGAGCACAAUUGGUUGCUUGACGCUGUUAAACACAUUUGAUGUUUCUCAUAACCAUCUUGAGCAUCUGCCUGCUGAAAUAGGAGAGUGCAGGUCAAUAAACAACUUGGACCUGCAACACAACGAACUCCUAGACAUCCCUGACAGCAUUGGAAAUUUGAAGGGCUUGACUAGAUUGGGCUUGAGAUACAACAGACUGACCAGCAUACCACAAACAAUGAAUGGAUGCACACUGUUAGAAGAGUUUAAUGUUGAAGGCAACACAAUUUCUCAACUACCUGAAGGCCUGCUAACAAACUUGGUAAAGUUGAACAACAUUGUUCUGUCGAGAAAUGCAUUCACAUCAUAUCCAGUGGGUGGCCCUGCACAGUUCUGCACUGCUGCUACAAUAAUCAUGGAUCACAACCAAAUAAAUAAAAUUCCCUUUGGGAUCUUCUCACAAGCACACAACCUCACAAAGUUGAACAUGAAGGAUAACCAGUUGACUUCCCUACCACUUGACACGGGAAGUUGGAGCAGCAUGGUGGAGUUGAACCUGGGAACCAAUCAGAUCAGUCGAAUUCCUGAUGACAUAGAAAAACUUGAAAAAUUAGAAGUUCUCGUGCUUAGUAAUAAUCUAUUAAGGAGGUUACCGUCGACAAUAGGAAAUUUGAAAAAGUUGAGAGUUCUGGAUGUAGAGGAGAACAAGCUGGAAACAUUACCUGUCGAAAUUGGUUACUUGGGCGAUCUUGACAGGUUGAUCGUGCAAUCGAACCAGCUAACCUCGCUACCGAGGCAGAUUGGAAAUUUGAAAAAUUUGACGUACCUGGGUGCCGGCGAGAACCAACUGACUUCAUUGCCUAGAGAAAUAGGUAACCUCGACAAUCUAGUAUCUUUGUACGUGAACGACAACCCGAACCUGAACAGCCUGCCCUACGAAUUAUCAUAUUGUGCUAAACUUCAAUUCUUAAGCAUUGAAAACUGUCCACUCAGUCAAAUUCCGACUGAAAUUUUAGUGGAAGGACCGUCACUUGUUAUUCAGUUUUUAAAGAUGAAAAGUAAUUAUGCCGGAGGAGGAGCCGUGAGGUUGAUUGACAACCAGUGAAUACUCAUCACCUUCGAGGGCGAAUCGAAUGCAUCAUGAUACUAACUAACAGAACUAUCAUGAUAACCGACAACCAACAAAAAUUCAUCAUGAUGUUUAUCACCAACUUCAAAAUAGCCACUGCUAUCGUGUGUGUGCGUGUGUGUUAUAAUUGUUGGUUUGGCUUGUUGAUUAUUUAUGAUGUGCUUGCCAGUUUGAUGCUAAUGUAAUGAUGAUGAAUAAAAACUAACCAAUUAGUUGCCAUGAAAUAGUUAUAAAAACUCGCCAACCAGUUAACUCAAUCAAUUGCUGAGUAAAUUAUGAAUUGA